UUGUGGAACGUGAUCUGUUAGAAACUGACUGAAUUGGUGAUACUUAUUUCUUUCUACAUCAGAGCGAAACUCGUUGAGUAUUAUGCAAGUUUCGGAACUGCCUACAUACUGAAAGACUGGUGAGUGACAUGAUGAAUUCGGAAUUGUGGUGUUACGUCAUACGGCAGUGACAAAUGAAGGUCAAGAUCUGACAGGAAUUUGCGACUGUAUUGUGAAAUGAGAAGUUACAAAUCUGUUUCAGUGACACGUACAGGAAACAUGUGACAGGCGUCUAACCAUUCUCGAAGAUCUUCCUUCCUGCAGAUGAACAAACCCUAAUGACGUAACCUUCAUGUCAUUCGUACUGCCAAACCUUAAAAGGAAAAUCAUAGUAGAAGAACGUGCGGCGUAAAUUGAAAUUAUAUUUUAAUGAAUGUCAGGAGACAUUUGUUGUGACGUGGACUUUAUUUUGAGUGAUGAUGCAUCCUUCAUAGAUACGCCUUGCUGGUACUGUUAGAUCUUAUUUGCCGGUUGUGGUGGUGUUGUUGAACUUUGACAAAAUGUUAGGAAAUAUUGAACUCGGAGCGUGAAAAUGAAGUUUUGCGGACUGCCGGGCGUCCUUGGAGCCCAUGUCGUGUUCUGGUGUUGCAGUGUGGUGGCAUUCAUUGGGUUGACGUCAGCCAAGGUGGCGGAGUCGGGUGGCAUGGGCGGCUGGAACACCGCCCCGAACACACAGUACCACAUUCAGACCGACGAGGGACCAGAGCGUUAUUUCCGGUACCAGACGCUAAGCGGACAGUAUCGCAAGGAGAAGCGACUUCAGGACGGGACAGUGGUGGGGACAUACGGCUGGGUGGACCCGAACGGCUACCUGAGGCUCCGGGACUAUGUGGCUGACGGCGGGGGCUACAGAGUCGUCCGUACGAAGAUGCUGUUUGUCGGGAAAAACGACCCGAUUGAUGAUGCAGUGGCGAAGAGCAAGAAAGUUCCAAGCCAAGGAGGAACCGGUGUCAAUUCUCUGCAAGUGUCCUCAACUCCAGUACCUCCCGUCUCGAAGGCACCUAGCGAGGUCACCGCUCCAGCCUAUGUCAACCCCAUUUCUUCAUAUCCUUACCCCCAGCCAGAUAUUUCAUCCAAUUCUCUACUGUACCCCUCAUCCACUGUUGCUCCAUCUUUCGCAAACGAUCUUUCCAACUCAUUUAACCCCUCUGCUAACGCUUACACAAACCCGUACGUGGUAGGUAGUAAUGGACAGUACCCAUUAAUUCCAGCCAACAGACGAACAUACGAUAUACCGGCCUACGAUCAGUCCUACCAACAUAACUAUGCGGCAGCUUCCGACAGUGUGCAGCGCUACCAGUCGCCCUACUCCCAGCAACAGCUGCCGCUUUAUGAUGGCAUCUCAGCAACACAAAAUGGCUUCCGAUAUUAUCUGCCCCGCCAGUACCACGAAGAGGAGAACAGUGGAGGAGACCGGAAGGCAGGAAGUUUUGGUUACAUUGACCCUUUCGGCAUCAGGAGGGUAAUUUAUUACAGCGCAGAACCAGGAACUGGAUUUGUACACAGGAAGAACAACAGAUAUGUAGGCUUCAACGCAACACCAUAUGAUCCUCGGUACUGAAGAUAGUUCCUACAAGCUGAUCAGGUGAUUCUGUUCUCCCCACUAAGAUUUUAUUUGUACGUUCAGAACACAGGAAAGGGCUUUGCAGUGGACAUAAGCCUACAUGUCAGAAGCUGGGCUUCGAAAUGUAGGGCGUAUAUUGCGAACACUCAGUGUGAAUGUUGUUACUGCAACAGAAGUAUGAUAUAGAGACCCACCUACAGGCAUUGCUGUAAAUGGAUACAGGAUCUGACUGGGAGACGAAAAACACCGAACCAAACAUAAAUUGAGUUUUGUAAGUUCUCUUAUAAUAGAAAUUGAUGCUUUAACCAACAUACGUUACCUCGACCUUCAAUGACUGAGAACAACCCAGAGAUGUUAAGGCGCGUCCAUAUUACUCGUGCUCGUGCUCUUGCUUUCCAGGCUUGUGCUCGUAGGGAGACUCGUCUGGCUUUACUUGUGCUCGUAAAUCUUCAGUUGCUCGCUAGGCUUCGGCGCUGAGGAUCCGUAUAUUUACUCGUAGUGUGUAUAGGCUGUAGCACGAGCACGAGUAAUGUGGAGGAGCCUUUAGAAUUCAACAUUAGAUCUUACGAACUAAAUAUAGGCUUAUAAUCUUUGAAAUUAACGUAUAAUCUCUUCCAAUGACGUGCCUUGCGUAAUUUUCUCAAGAAGGUACAGUAUUAUCUCGUCAGGAGAUAUGUCAUUCUUCUCCUGUUACAAAUAUUGUUUCAAAUAUUUUCCCUGGUGCGUGUUGAUGAAAUACGGACGCAUAUACAGCUACGGACUGCGUGAUAGUUCUAUGUCUUCAAUCACAGUAUCUAGACACAAAACUGAUCCCAGAACAGAAUAAGUUCGGUGAUCAAUUUCUACAUUUUCGCAAUCAAGUUUGUGUACAUGAACUUUGUAUCUCAGUGACUUAGGCCGGAUGUCUUGUCGGUAAGUCUUUUCUUUUCCUUACAAACCUGUGGGCUCUGGAGCCAAUUCAGCUGAUGCUGGGGGCAGAUCGCUUGACGGUAAACACGGUUAAACAGAAAGCUGCCCGCUCCCAUGUUGCAGUGAAAGCUAUGAAAUUAUGAAGCCCCAAUUCUACACCCUGAAACGCUUAUCUUGUUAUGUUUUCUACCCCCAAAAAAAUGCUUUGGGAGCUGUAACACCAAUAUCCGCAUCACGGAGAAUCGUUUCCUUGCUUCGUCGACAAAUGUACGCAUCCCUUUCUGCAUGACAGGGGCUUAACUCAGACCGUUUUGUGGCUUCAGGGUAAAACAGGUAGGCUUACCUUGAAUCUCUUUUCCAGUCAGCUCGAUAUUCUUUCAUUCAUGUAUUUUACUGACGUUUCGUGCAUUUCUGUCUUCGGUCGAUUCGAACUUAGAGAACUUAACGCUGCUGUCUGCGCAGUAAGCUGUUUUUAAGAAAUGUAAUAAAAACUCAGUGGCUUGAGUCCGCAAGAGAACUAUACCGAUCGAGCGACUGCCGCUUGUCGGCGAAGUUAGUGCCAACUUUAGCAGAUAGAGGGUGUUGCAUGGUCGGUGCAGCGAAUCCCCACAUCCAUUAUUUUCGAUUUACUAGACCGGAGUCGCUAUUUCUUUGAAAUAGCUCCUCAGUUAUCCUCAUGAAGCUGAGUGG